GGACUCGUCCCGAGAAGAAGAGUAUUUGCUGUUGCCGCCGCUUCUUUUUCCAACUUGUAUACUCUACUCUCAUCAUCUUCUCUUCUUCUCUCUUUACAUUAUUAUUAUUAGUUAUUACUACUAUGGCCGUCGGAGUCCUCGCUCUUCAGGGCUCCUAUAACGAGCACAUUGCAGCGUUGAGGAAGAUCGGGGCGAAGGGAGUGGAGAUUCGGAAGGGGACGCAGCUGCAGGGCGUCGAUGCUCUCAUCAUCCCCGGCGGCGAGAGCACCACCAUGGCCAAGCUUGCCGAGCACCACAACCUAUUUCCUGCAUUGCGAGAGUUUGUCGGUGCUGGCAAGCCAGUGUGGGGUACUUGUGCAGGGCUCAUCUUUCUGGCGAACAAGGCAAUCGGACAAAAAUCUGGAGGGCAGGAACUUAUUGGGGGGUUGGACUGUACUGUUCACCGCAAUUUUUUUGGUAGUCAGCUACAAAGCUUUGAGAUAGAGCUCUCUGUCCCUAAACUUGCAGAGAAGGAAGGGGGAAGUGGUACCUGCCGUGGGGUGUUCAUCCGAGCACCUGCUAUUGUAGAAGCUGGGCCUGAUGUUGAAGUAUUAGCGGAUUGUCCUGUUCCCUCUGAUAAAUCAAGAAUUGUGACACCAAAUGGCAAUAACCAGGAGGAGGAGAAAAUUUCUAAGGACCAAGUAAUUGUCGCUGUAAGGCAAGGGAACUUACUUGCUACGGCUUUUCACCCUGAGUUGACUUCAGACUUACGAUGGCAUAGCUUCUUCCUGAAAAUGGUGAAAGAGAUCAAUGACAAGGGCUCGCAGUGCGUAUCUUCAUUGGACAAAGAUAUAGAAGAACGGCCAUGGAAGAGGCCUCUCGAUCUGCCGAUCUUCGAAUAGUUGGAGCAAUAAAUUAACAGAGAAAAUUCUUUUACUUUUCUUCUACCUUUUUUUUUUCAGUUGAAUGCUUGUUCAUCUUCCUAAGCAGCUCUUCAUGAGUGCUCUUCUUCUCCAGUAGAAUACAUUUAUUAGUUUAGUUAUAUUUUAGCUAUUGAUUAGUUGGAGAAGAGUAAGCUGAAUUUGCUUAUUGUAGAGCUAAGAUCAUAGUCACCCUGCCACAGAAGAAGAACAUUAAACUUGCGGCGCAUGUCACCACCUUCAAAUGUUUUGUUCUUAUAAAACUUUGGGGACCCUAGACCUGCAGGUAAUCAUAAUAAUAAUAAUAGAUUUAACUACAUUGUUGCUCUGAUGGGUA